AUAUUCCUACUGCAUGCACUAUCUAAGAAUACCUUACAGAAUUGAUACUAAAGGUGUCUAACCACAACACACUAGUCCCAAAAACCGCUAAAGCCGAUCUUUCAAGCAUCUUCACCUACCCUGUUCGUUCGCUUUGAUCCCAGAUCCGUCCUUCGCAGCCUUCAAAGUUCUAAACAUGGCCGAUUCCGAUGAAGAGUAUGCUGGAGAAAUCUCCGAGGAUGAGGUAGAUGGCAGUCAUAUCUCAUCUCGAGGCGGAGCCGCUCAACCGCCGCGUUCAAAAAGGAAGAAAAAUCGCGGAGGCGCCGAAUGGGAGGUCUCAAGGACUUGGGAGAGUUUGGUCGAAGGCGCAGAUGGCACGAUCAAUUCCACAGUAGAGGGCCUGCUUGAAGCUGGGAAAAGGAAGAGACUUCUACGGGACACCACUCCACUACAACGAGGCAUUAUCCGCCACCUUAUCCUGAUUCUUGAUUUGUCACACUCAAUGGCAGAAAAGGAUUUACGGCCAACGCGAUAUCUCCUGUCUCUGCGCUAUGCCCAAGAGUUCGUCAGAGAAUUCUUUGAACAGAACCCGAUCUCUCAGUUGGGUGUGCUUGGCCUGAGGGAUGGCCUCGCAGUACGGGUUAGUGAUAUGAGUGGAAACCCUACUGAACAUAUCAGUGCAAUUCAAGCCCUACGAGAGCAUGACCCGAAAGGUCUUCCUAGUUUACAGAACGGGCUUGAAAUGGCUCGAGGUGCUCUCUUUCAUACUCCCACUCACGGUACCCGUGAAGUCUUGAUCAUCUUUGGUUCCUUGCUCUCCUCUGAUCCAGGUGAUAUUCACCAUACCAUAGCAACUCUGGUUAGCGAAAAAAUCCGUGUUGGCAUCGUGGGCCUUGCUGCUCAAGUAGCCAUCUGCCGCGAGCUUUGCUCUAAGACAAAUCAUGGCGAUGAUGAAACGUACGGCGUGGCUCUUAACGAGCAGCACUUUCGUGAAUUAUUAAUGGGCGUCACCACCCCUCCGGCCACGUUUUCUCAAAGGCAGUCCGCAAGUUCCCUCCUGAUGAUGGGAUUUCCAUCCCGUUCUGUCGAAGCCCACCCUUCUCUUUGCGCGUGCCAUUCGAAUGCUUCUUGUGGGGGCUAUUCCUGCUCUCGAUGCAAUAGCAAAGUUUGUGGCCUUCCUGCCGAAUGCCCUUCUUGCAGCCUAACACUAAUCCUUUCCACGCAUCUUGCUCGGUCUUAUCAUCAUCUUUUCCCAUUGAUGAACUGGGUCGAAGUUCCAUGGGCGCGAGCCUCGCGUAGCCUGGCCUGCUUCGCUUGUGGUAUAACUUUCCCCCCAGUGCCCCCUAGAGAUCAAUGGCAGGCCGCAGAUGUACAGUCUAGAGGGAUGAGCGUAAGCAGUCGCUAUGAAUGCACCGUGUGCCGUAACAAUUUCUGCAUUGAUUGUGACCUUUUUGCUCACGAAAUUGUGCACAAUUGCCCUGGUUGUCAAAGCGAGACCACAUUGUCAACAACGUCUGGGCUGCUUCAGGUAAUUGACAGAAUGGAUACAUCGGCAUAACCUGGUCGACAUCAUUCACAAUACUACGGGACCUUCCG